AUGUCGCCAGGAAAGGAUACAACAGCUGCCAGUCCACCCCCCGGCUGCCCCAUGCAUCAGGCCCAGAAUCCUGCGCCCAAGCCCAAACCCCCACCAGGUUGCCCCAUGCACCGCAAGGAGGACGGCGACAACCUGAACCCAGACAACAACAUCCCCAAUCUGGCCCAGUCACCCUUUCCCGACCAAGAUAUACCUCUUCCCACGGAAAGAGUUAUCUCCUCUAUUCCCAGGGCCAAGUCCGACGACGAAUCCAAGUGGGAGUACCCUUCCCCACAGCAGUUCUAUAAUGCCCUUCGCAGAAAGGGCUGGGAGACCCCCGAGACCGCCAUUGAAACCAUGGUCGAUAUUCACAAUUGGAUGAACGAGGAAGCCUGGGCCGAGGUCAUGAAGUGGGAGAAGGAACACUCUGACACCUGUUGCGAUCCUAAGUUACUUCGCUUCCAAGGUCGUCCGUCAGAACUCAGUCCUAAGGCCAGAAUCAUGAGCUUUUUCGGUGCCCCUAAGCCGUUCGAUCGUCAUGACUGGAUCGUUGACCGAUGUGGAAAGGAGGUUCGCUAUGUAAUCGAUUACUAUGGAGGCGAGGACGACGUUGCCAACGACGUACCGGUGUUCCAUCUGGAUGUCAGACCUGCGUUGGAUUCGGUGGAGAGUACCAUGGACCGACUCAAAUUCGGUGUCCGCGAGGCAUUCGCCCGGUUCAAGGGUGGCGCCGAGUCGUCUACCACCCGGGCAGCUUGA